AUGGGGCAGCGGGGAUUUUCCUAUUGCUCUCUCCUAAAACGCCACGGUGACGCCCGGCGGGACAGGUCCGGGCCGCGCGCCGGGAGCUUUCAAGUCCUGGGUCCGGGGCUGGCAAGUGCGGGCCUGCGCCCUGCUGGGCGGCGGGAACAUCUGCCCUCGUGUGCCGACUCGCUGCACCCCGGAGCAGGGCUGGGCGGUCCUGGCCCCGCGGGAUUCCCUGGCCGGCAUGGGCACUCAAUCAAUGAGAGACAAGAUCCCAGUAUCCCUACCUAUGGACUCUGACAAUCCAUUUUAUUGAACACCAAGCUUCAGGACUGCUAUGGUCUCACCAACAUCUGUGCAGUCAGAAUGGGUGCAAAGCAGAACGGCAAGGCCCCAGCACCAGGUGCCACCUCUUGUUGGGAAGGCAAAGAGCCAUAUAUUACCUAUUUGUUCUCUCUGGUCAAAGUUGUGCUCAGAUACCCUGAUAAUUAUUCUGAGCUCCCAAGUUUAAACUUUGACGUCUCUGCUUUCUUCUUGGCAUUGAGUAAAGAAAGUUCAAAGGAAAAAAAAAGUAACAGCCAAGAUCUUGAGGACAGAUAUGCCAAACAUGCAGCCGCUACCCAAGUGUUGUCCAGGGACGGUGGGAUGACAGCCUGGAAGGGCCGGACAUUGCUUCCUGAAACCCAAGAGGAACAGCAGUUAGAAGACAUGCCAACCAUCCAUGGCAUCCUCCUCCAGGGUUACCAGACUCUGUACCAUGCUGUGGUGGAGCCCAUGCUCUGAGAUCCUUCUGAAACCCCCAAGGGGAACAGACUGGAGUCAGGCAAAGCCAUUAAACAAAGGCUCUGGGAAGCUUUGCAGUCAGUUGCCUGCAGGAGUGCAGAGGAACCUGGAGCUGUGCAGAGAGCAUGACUGCU